CCACUCCGGCCCAAAGCCGCAGAGUACAGGUGCGCCAGCCAGCCCUCCGCCGCCCCGCGCGUCGGCGAGAUGCCUGCCGCCGGCCCCCGCUCCCGCGCCGCGCUGCCCGCGCUCGCGCUCGCGGCCGCCGCGUGCCUGCUGGGCGCCCGCCUGGCCUUCGUGCCUUCGCCCGCGGCCCCGGCCGCCGCCGAGGUGGCAGCGCUGCGCGGGGCCGCCGCCGUGGCCGCCGCCGCCGCGCCGCUGCCCGUGCUGGCGGAGCCAGACGAGCUGGUCGACUACAAUUUCGCUGGGGAGUUCACGCCGUUCUUCCGAUCAUCGGGUACUUCACGCUGA